UUUCCUUUUACACUUAGUAUAUAAAUAAUCAUUUUGUUAUUAUUAUUAAUUUUCAUUCAGGCAGUGGAACACCUGUUUGAAUAUGGUUUGGACAAAACACCAAAGAUCUGCCAGACAGACUUUUUAGAAGGCUUUAAGGUUCUCAGAGAGUUGUGUGAUUUCUGGCAGACCAAAGGCUCCAUUUCUGCAAAUCAAUGUCAAAGUUUGAAGAAUGAUUUAUCAACAAGCCUGCAUUACUUGAAGACACACAAUAAAAAUUGAACCUGAAGAGAGAAGACACGUGCCCUAACCACUGUAUCACAGGGCUCCUCAGAUGAUUGAUCUUAGAUACUCAGUGUACUACAGUUUGGUAGUAUUGUCUCUAAUUUUGUCCUCUUGUUUUCAUUUACAGGAAGGUAUGAAAUAAGCAUCUUGACCAUAACAGCUCCACCAGAAAACUUUAUGUGCAGAAAAAUUGAUCCUACUUGGGUGAAAGAAAUUAAGAAGGGAUUAAAGACAUCUCCAGUAAAUCACACUGUCAUCUUGCCAUGUCUUUUGCUGGGCGAUGAAGACUUUGAUGAGGCAAAACUGCCAACUUACAAAAUAGUUUCACUUGGAGGAAACCAUCUUCGAGUGGCCUGCCAGCAGCUUCUUCAGGAGUGUAAUGAAAACCAUUUGGAUUGUAUCAGAACAAUUCAGGUGGACUUAUAUCACAAAUUAUCCCUGCAUCAAGCACUGCAGUUGGCAAACAUUCAUAAUCUCAAAAAUGAAGUGUCACAGACAACCUUGCAAGAUCAGGUCAGGCAUGUAAGAAAAAAACUAUAUUCCAUGACAAAUACGCCAGAGGAUCAAGAACCCCCUAGUGAGCCUGAAAAUUUCAGGCGUGAAUGUCUCAUUGAACUAGCAAUGGAAAACUUAUUGACAAUCAAGCAUGCAUUGCAAAUUAAAGUAAUCAUUUUGAUCAGGUGAAAAGAAUUUUUUUUUAAAAAGUGUCCUUAUAUCAACAUAAACUUUACAGCAUGCAAGAAGUAUGAGUUUUCUGUUCAACAUGGCCAGUUAUCCAGCUGAUAACUGGAGAAGAUAUUUUAGAAAGUGGAGACAGGUGUUAUUGCUGCAGAGAAAUCUUCACAUCGUGCAAGAUCCAUAGGGAGAACAGUAAGUUGAGCAAGAAACUGUUGUUUAUGGAAAUAAUAGAUGAUUAGUUCAAAUUUAAAAUUUAUCUGAAGUGAACAAAAGUUUUGUUUGAAAAUCCAUACUUUACAAUGGUAAC